AUGACAGGGUUCUAUCUGCAAAGCCAAAUUUCCUGAGUGAGACCAAUCUUCAGAAGGCUAUCCAUGAGAGCCCUCAGAUGUUCAACAUCAUUUCCGGUAAUCCCUUCUUUCCACAUCCCAGAACACUGGAAAAAUACGGACAGGGCAAACCUGAGUCAAGGGGUUGAUUUUGAGCUCUUGGGCCUCACCAAUGACCCCCAGCUGCAGAUGCUGCUCUUCGUAGUGUUCCUGGGCAUGUACACUAUCACUUUGUUGGGGAAUCUGGUCAUGUUCCUUCUGAUCCAUGUGAGUACACCCCUGCACACACCCAUGUACUCUCUCCUAAAGAGCCUUUCCUUCUUGGAUUUCUGCUACUCUUCCACAGUUGUCCCCCAGACCCUGGUGAACUUCUUUUCCAAGAGGAAGGUAAUCUCCUACUUUGGCUGCAUGGCUCAGAUGUUCUUCUAUGCGGGCUUUGCCACCACUGAGUGCUACCUCAUUGCUGCCAUGGCCUAUGACCGUUAUGCUGCUAUUUGUAACCCCUUGCUCUACCCAAUCACCAUGUCUUCUGAGGUCUGCACCUCUCUGAUUGCUGGCUCCUACAGUGCAGGAUUUCUCAAUUCCCUUAUCCACACAAGCUGUAUCUUUAGCUUGAAGUUUUGUGGUGCUCACGUGGUUACUUACUUCUGUGAUGGACCGCCCAUCCUGUCCCUCUCUUGUGUGGACAUCCUGUGUGAGAUCCUGCUCUUCAUUUUUGCUGGUUUCAACCUUUUGAGCUGCACCCUCACCAUUUUGGUCUCCUAUCUUUUCAUCCUCAUCACCAUUUUGAGGAUGAACUCAGCCCAGGGCAGGUUCAAGGCAUUUUCCACCUGUGCCUGCCACUUCACUGCUGUCUGUCUCUUCUAUGGCACAACACUUUUUAUGUAUCUGUGCCCCAGGUCCAGCUACUCACUGACCCAAGACCACACAGUUGCUGUGAUGUACACAGUGGUGAUUCCAAUGCUGAACCCCUUGAUCUACUCUUUGAGAAAUAAGGAUGUAAAGGAGGCUUUAAGAAAGGUUUUGGGCAGGAAAACAAUGGGAUGA